AUGGCACCCGAAACCACACUGAAGAUAAUUCAUGGGUCACAUAACGACGCGGCCCCGUACACUGUCCUGUCCAAAAGCCUAUUGUCCCCACCGGAGACACCAAAUAGAAGUCGAAGAAGCGUUCUUAAUGACAAAUAUGACCAAAAACUCCAGAAGAUAUUCGAGAUGCUUCAAGAGGCUUGCGCGAACGAGUCCGUAAUGAGGGAGGAGUUGGAGUGUCAACGCAGCAAAGAACUGGAAAUGAAGAAAGAGUUGGAGUUGGUGAAGAAUUUGGCUGACACCUCAGCAUCCACCAUACAUUUAGAAGUACCUUGUCUUUCAUCUGCUCAACAUGCGAGCGCUGACGGUUAUCAGGCACUCACGGCAAAGAUAGAAAGUAAGAAGCACUACUUUAUGGAGCAACUGGUAAAUCUGCGUUGCGGUCUUUGCAACCAGAUUGUGAAUGACCCCUACAUCUUGGACUGUUCUUGCAUAUUCUGCGAGUAUUGCAUUGGUGAUUACCAUAGUGAAGUCAAGAAGUCCCCAGAACACGGAAAACCCAUGAAAUGUCCCCAAGACAGUUGCAAACAAUUGGUGUUGAUGGGCCCUUACCAGAACAAGGCACUGAAGGAGCUCGCAAGGGAGUUUGCGAAGGUUAUGGGUGAGAAAAUGGCGAGAAGAGGAGUAGCUUUGUGGCCAGGAUGGAAUGGAAAGUGGUACGCGAACCACACCUUGUGA